AUGUCUUCCUGCGGCGGACGCAUGACCGACAUCCUCUCUCGCCUGUCAAUGCGCUUGGAGGAGCUCAAACUCAAAGUCGACGUCUCUAAAGGCUGGCAAGAGAACUUCAAGGACAUCGAGGCCAAGAUGAAGGACCUGCAAAAUCAGCUCUGGCGGGGUAACGAAAGCCAGGUCAUGGAGCAACUCGACAUCGCAGCCCGCGCUCUCGACGAGAUCAACACCGACCCGAAAACCGCCAUUAGCUCCAAACGCAUGGAUCAACUUCUGGAAGCGAUCACCAUGGCUUCCUGCGGCGGACUCAUCGCCUACACGCUCUCUCGCCUGUCAACCCGCUUGGACGAGCUCAAACUCCAAGUACAGUCUAAAGGUUUGCAAGACAAAUUCAAGGACGUCGAGGCCAAGAUGAAGGACCUGCAAAGUCAGCUCUGGCAGGGAAAAGAAAGACAGAUCAUGGAGCAACUCGACAUUGCAGCCCGCAUUCUCGACGAGAUCAUCGACACCGACCCGAAAACUGCCAUUCGCUCCCAACUGAUGGAUCAACUCAAGGAAGCGAUUACCAAAGCCGCAGGCCCCGAUAAACAAGACACACCGUCGGCGUCGACGCCGACUCCGACGGAUCAAUGGGAGGAGCCCGAUGAUGGUGUGACAGUCGUAGAGCAAAAGCUUCAGAAGAGUCCGGCGUGGGCGCACCUCAAGCUCGUGGUCGACAGCCUCGAUCCGUUGCUCAAGGACUGUCUCUUCACCCUCACCGUCUUCUCGGCCAACGUCGACAUUCAGAAGCGGCUGCUUCUCCACUGGUGGAUGGGGGAGGGUUUCGUCCGGUGCAUCGAAGCCGGGAAGCUCUGCUUCGAUCAGCUGGUGGAAAAGGGCUUGGUCGUCCCAGUCGGCAAGCGGCACUGCGGAAAGCACCACUACUGCCAGGUCCAGUCCUGGUUGCGCCCGCUACUGGUCGCCGUCUCAAAUGCGAACGGCUUCCUCGACUACGACGAGGCCGGGAAGCCCGCCGACGACUACUCGUUCAGUCGCCGCUUGUGCCUGCGCCCGCGCCAGGGGCGCAUAGCGUCUCCCAAGGACGGGACGGCGGAUAGCCGGCUGAUGACGGUCUACAACGUCGGCAAUCUUCAACCCAAUUUCCCGACGGAUUGGCUACUCAACAAGAAGGAGCUCACAACCCUGCAGCUGGGGAGGUGGCGGAAGGACGACAAGGAGCGGCCGCUCUUGGCCUUCUUCGACAAAGAGUUCUUGUGGGGGCUGGGAAAAUGCGGCGCGUUGAGGUACCUGAGCUUGAGGGGCGUCUCCCGAUUAGAGAGGCUGCCUCAUCACUCCGUCGAGAAGCUCCGCAAGCUGCUGGUGCUGGACCUGCGCUCCUGCCACAACCUCGAGAAACUGCCGCCGAAUCUGGGCGACGCCCGGAGGCUGCAGUUCCUGGACGUGUCGGAUUGCACCCUGCUGGACCAGAUGCCAAAGACGCUCGCUUCCUUGUCGGAGCUCGAGGUGCUCAAGGGCUUCGUGGUCUGCGAUUACUGGAACAGGAAUUGUUGCCAGAUCGGCGACUUGCUGAAGCUGACCAAGUUGAGGAAGUUGAGCAUCACCACAAGCCGCGAGUUUAACGACCGCGAGGUCGUGAAAUUGCGCGAGCUCAUCAACGGCCUCACUUCCCUCGCGAUAACAUGGGGAGUCUUCAGCAAGGAGGAGAACACGCGGAAAAUGAAAUCUGUGAAGGAAAACCCCCCUGCGGGAGAUAAGAAACUGAAACCUACUUCCCCAUCGAAAUUGGAGAAGCUGGAGCUCGGGUGCUUCAACGAGAAAAGGCUCCCGAAAUGGAUCGUUCCCGACGAGUUGAGUAAUUUGAAGAAGCUGUACAUAACAGGGGGAAUUCUCAAUAGCCUUGAAGAUGCUCAGGGGAAGACGUGGUGGGGGGUGGCAGUUCUGCGGGUGAGGUUCCUCAUCCAUCUGCAGGACGACUGGGAAAGCAUAAGAAUUUGGUUUCCCGACCUCAUCUGCGUGGAGAAAUCCAAAUGUAUGCUGUCAUCUUGGCCUUGCGACGAAGAAGGGUAUUGGCAAAAAGACAUUGGAAAAAGCAGCGACGAGGAGGCUGAAAGUGAAGUUGAAGAAGAUAGCGAGGCUGAGGUUGAAGGUGAAGUUAGAAAAAAAAACGGAAGUGAAGUUGAAGAAAGUAGCAACGCUGAGGUUGAAGAUGAAGCUAGAAAAAGUAACGGAAGUGAAGUUGAAGAAAGUAACAAUGCUGAGGAUGAAAGCGAAUCCGAAGAAGGUAGCAACACAGAAGUUGAAGGUGUAGAAGGAGAAAGGAGCGAGAGUGAAGUUAAAAAAGGACAGUGCGGAGUCUUCGUCGAGUCAACAACAGAGCCACAUCCCGGCUCACUGCCUUCACCGAUUUCGAACAGAAUCAUAUUUGGCACCGUCUAUGGGAACUUCACCUGCAUCCGAGACGUGAAGAUGGAGGGUGCUGGAUACCUCAUCACAGUGACAUUAAACCUAGAAGAGUUAGAGAUAUUGAUAAACACGCGAGCUAUGAAAAUGGUGCAACAGCAAUAG